AGCUCGGCCGUGCAGUUAGCUGGUUUUAAAGUGCUUAAGUGAUAAAAAAAGUGACUAAAAUAAUGAGUAUGUGAAGUACGCACAAGGUAUUUCAACAAGUACGCAAAAAAUACUCAAAAUGCAGCUGCUUGGAUUGUUGUUUAUUUGUCAGUCAGUUUGUUUGUGGUACACUGCAGCUAAGCUGCAUGAGGCAAAAUCUAUGGGCAGAAUUAGGAAUGUAUACGAUAGGAGGAUUGAGGAUUUCAACUACUCGAAUGCUGAUUACAGUGCACAGCAGGUCGAUGCAGACAACAAUCAAUUGCUGGUGUUGGGGGAGGAUGAGGUCGAGCUGCACGAGCAGGUGCGGCAAAUACCCGCAGUGCAAGUAAAAGUGACAAAUGAAGUGGAAAGUGCUAUGAUGAGGGCAACAACAGCAGAAGAAGAUGAGGAGGUAAAAGCAGUAUGGAAGGCGAAACGACUGCAGUCCAAUGGAAAUGACCAGAACAAGGACAGGCCUGAAAUACAAAUUGAAAGGACAUCAAAUCAGGACAUCAGCAGCGGUAGCGGGGGCCUAAUGAGCCCCGACGAGCUGCCAAUAUCGGAAAGGCAUAAUUCUGGCAACAACAGCAACAAUGCGGGCAACAUGGGCCAAACGGCUGAUGAGCAACUAUUGCGAUUACAGGACUACAAUUUACUGUACAAUGCCGAGCGGCAGACAUACUUUCAGCUGCACUCGAGCAAUUGGCGUGGCACAAAUAGACCGCCGCCAUCGGGUGGCAAUCGACUGUUGCAGCAGGUUGUUGGCAACACGCUGAGCGCCGCCUUUGGCCUGAAUGCGAAUGACGAUAAUGUUAAGAAUACUUCCAUGGAGAUGACCACCACGCAAACGGUGCGGCUCUAUGAUGCCGCCUCCUUGCGACAAUCGCGCUUCAACCCAUUCCAACCGACGCGCAUCAUAAUACACGGCUGGCUGGGCAAUGCACAUGCCAAUGUCUACAGCUAUUUGGUCCCCGCCUACAUGACCCUCGGCGACGGCAACUACAAUAUUUUCACCGUGGACUGGGGCCGUGGCGCCAUUGCCGACUAUAUAACGGCCAGCUAUAGGGUGAAGCCUGUGGGUCAGGUGCUGGCCAAGUUUCUGGACUUUCUGCACGAGGAGGCUGGCAUGCGGUUUGAGGAUCUGCAGCUGAUUGGCUUCAGCAUGGGCGCCCAUGUAGCUGGCCUGGCCUCAAAACAUUUGCAAACGGGCCGCGUGCGUGUGAUACGCGCCUUGGAUCCAGCUUUGCCGUUUUUUCGCUAUGCCCAGGAGAAGGAGCGACUGAGUCGCAGCGAUGCGGACUAUGUGGAGGUAUUGCACACGAGCGUGGGAAGCUAUGGAUUUGAUCGCCCACUGGGCCACGUGGACUUCUAUGCCAAUUGGGGCAGCCAGCAGCCGGGCUGCUUUUGGCACGAGUGCAGCCAUUGGCGUGCCUUUGCCCUCUUCAAGGAGAGCCUGGAGAAGAUGGCCUUCGAGGCCAAGGGUUGUGAGACCAGUGAAUGGCAGCAGUUGACGCGCUACAAGCGCUGUCCACAACCCACGGGCCAACGGCUGCACAUGGGCGGCGAUUUGGGCGAGUUAUCAAUGGAGCAGCUGGCGCAGCGUAUGGGAGUUUAUUAUUUUGAGACCCAGGCGAAGGCACCGUACGAUAUGGGCGCAGCAUUAUAGUGGAGCAACAUUCAGUGUGGAAAAUGGCAUGAAAAAUGAAAAUAAAAAAUCCAAAAUAUAAAGAAAGCAAAGCAACCAGCACAACAACAACAACAACAACUACUACUACAACUACAACAACACAAACAGCGUAAUGAGCAAAUGUGUAGCGCGCAUUUUUAUUUCUAAUUAGUAAGUGCAUUUGUGUGUGCGAGUGCAUGUAUACUCAUACAUGUGUGAAAGUGUGUGUGUGUGUGCAUACGUGUGUAUUUCUAAAAGCUGCGCUGCAAAAUUAAAAAAUGCUGCCAUGUGUAAAAUGCUUUUCAUGCCAGUCACAGUCAGGGAAAAUAAAAAAAAAAACGUACACACACAACUUGCAACGAGCAUGUGAAAUUGUGAAAACCCAAAAUGCCAGGCAAAGUAGUUUUCGCCGCCAUUUUGCCUGAAUAUAAAAAAAUAUUACCAAACAUCCGAUAAACCCUUAAAGCAUGCGACAGUUAAUUAAGUAAUUGCACAGAUUUCCAUGUUUUAAAAUGUUAAAUAUUCAUUUUAAAUCAAUUUUACAUAGCUCUACAAGAAUAUGAUUCCAAUUUCCGUGAAGCAUAGCCUGAACCAUUGUUAAAUUUGACCUACUUUGAUUUACCUUUAUAUCGUAUCAUUUCUUUUAACUUCAAUAUAAAACAUCAUCUCAAAA